AUGGGCCACUACAAGGACGAGGAUUUCAAAGAUUGUCCAGUCUACACAACCAGCAAUGGAUGCCCUGUCAUGAACCCGCAGGCGUCACAACGUGUUGGCGAGAACGGACCUCUAUUGCUUCAGGACUUCCACUUGAUCGAUCUAUUAGCCCACUUUGAUCGUGAACGAAUUCCAGAAAGAGUCGUCCACGCCAAAGGAGCCGGCGCCUAUGGCGAGUUCGAAGUGACAGAUGAUAUCACGGACCUUACUUCAGCAGAUAUGUUCAACAAAGUCGGCAAGAAGACCAAAGCUCUUGCUCGCUUCUCCACCGUCGGUGGCGAGAAGGGUUCUGCGGACUCUGCGCGUGAUCCUCGUGGCUUCUCUGUAAAGUUCUAUACGGAAGAGGGAAAUUACGACUGGGUGUUUAACAACACGCCAAUCUUCUUCCUACGGGACCCUGCGAAGUUCCCUGUCUUCAUUCAUACACAGAAGCGGCACCCACAGACCAAUCUGAAGGAUGCGAGUAUGUUCUGGGAUUAUCUCUCAAACAACCAGGAGUCGAUCCAUCAGGUUAUGCACUUGUUCUCGGACCGUGGAACGCCGUACUCUUACAGACAUAUGAACGGAUACUCGGGGCAUACCUACAAGUUCACGAAGCCGGACGGGACUUACCACUACGUCCAGAUCCAUCUCAAGAGCGACCAGGGGAAUAAGACCUUUACAAACGACCAGGCGAACGAGAUGGCUUCUGCCAACCCUGAUCACCACACGCAGGACCUUUUCGAGGCAAUUGCAAACGGCGACUUCCCAUCAUGGACCGUCUACGUCCAAGUCAUGACCCCCGAGCAGGCCGAGAAGUUCAAGUACAGCAUCUUUGAUCUGACCAAGACCUGGUCACAACGCGAGUACCCACUCCGCCGCUUCGGAAAGUUCACCCUGAACCGCAAUCCUGAGAACUACUUCGCCGAGAUUGAGCAAGCUGCCUUCUCACCCUCCCACCUGGUGCCCGGCGUCGAGCCAUCCGCAGACCCUGUGCUCCAGUCCCGCCUAUUCUCAUACCCCGACACCCACCGCCACCGUCUCGGGGUCAACUACCAGCAGAUCCCCGCCAACCGCCCGCUGCACGCCUUCAACCCGUUCCAGCGUGAUGGCCUAAUGGCAAUUGAGAACUACGGCGCGAACCCGAACUACCAGUCAUCAUUCCGGCCAAUCACCUACGCAAAGGUAGUCCCCCAUGAGGCGCACGAGAAGUGGGUAGGCACUGCGACAAACUUUGCCUUCCGUGUCAACGACGGUGAUUAUGAGCAGGCGAACGACCUGUGGAACGUCCUUGGCCGUACAGAGGGGGCGCAGAAAAACUUCGUCCACAACGUGUCCGUGCAUCUGUGUGCGGCACGGAAGGAGGUUAGGGAGAAGACGUAUGGCAUGUUCGAUAAGGUGAACAAGGACCUAGGCGAGAAAAUUAGAACAGCGACGGAGAUGAAUGUGCCGGAUGCUGGCAAGGUCGAGAGUGUGAGUGCGAGGUUGUAG